UGCAGAGUGAGCUUUGACUCAAAACUAUUUCUAACUAAAUGAGGAUACAGUAGACAGUAGGUGAAGAAAUUAGAAAAAGAACACAUUAUGUGCUGUGAAAACUCGGAAUUGACCAGAAUUGAGAAACAGAUCCGUCAUGAAACAGAAAACACACACAUUGCAUCACAUUUGAUGAGGUCACAGGGGUCUACCAAUGAGAAGACUAGAGGAACUCAAUAGAAGUGAAAAAGAGAAGGAACCAGUUAAGUGACAGAUAAACUGCAAAAAGACUUUGAGACAACAGAACAACCACGACACACAGGACAACACAAAUACCAAGAUAAUGCACAGAGAGACAAAGACUCCUUGACAGAAACGUUAGAAGUGAGGAUGCUGGAGAACGUCACAGGUGACGUGCAGAAUGACACCUUCUCCUGCCACCACCCCUCAGUGGAGGCCUACCGCUACUUCGGCGUGCUGUGGGGUUCGGUAGUUACCAUAGUUGGAACGGUGGGGAACAUGCUUACCAUUCUGGCCUUCGCCACGGACACCCGGCUGCGGACGCGUUUCAACGUGUUGAUUGUGAACCUGGCCCUGGCGGACCUGUUGUACUGCACCCUGCUGCAGCCCGUCUCCGUCGACUCCUACCUACACCUCCGCUGGAGGGGCGGACCUCUCUGGUGCAGCAUCUUCGGCCUCCUCCUCUUUCUCUCCAACUCUGUCUCUAUCAUCACCCUGUGUCUGAUCGCGGCCAGCCGUUACCUGCUGGUGACGAAGCGGGAUGUGUUUGAGCGGGUGUUUUCUGGUCGAGGCCUGGCUAUCCUCCUGCCCUCCACAUGGGCCCUGGGCCUGGCCAGCUUCGGCCCACUCUGGCCCGUUUAUGUAUUCGCCCCACAGGUGUGCACCUGCAGCUUCCACCGCACCAGGGGGCGCCCUUACACCACCGUGCUGCUAUUCUUCUACUUCUUUAUCGGCCUGGGCUGCGUGGGGAUUUUCUACCUGCUCAUUUACAGGCGAGUCAGGGUGGCGGCACAGGCACUGGUCCGCUACCGGUUUAGCCGACGCUCGUCACGAAAGAAGCCGAACUCAUCAGAACAAGGGACGGAGGGGGAUAGUGGAGUCGGGAGCGGGGUGGCCACCACCCAGAGCUGUGAAUUGAGCAGCCAGGCAGAACUAGCCCAAUACAAGGGUGUAGAGGUGAAGGUGCACCCUGGGAUAGCCCAGUCCUCCCAAUCCACCUGGGGCUCUGCUUUAACUUCGCAUUCAGCUCACCUAGCAGGGGGACAGGAGCUCCCCCCUGCCCUCAACCCUGUGCCCCGCUCAGCCACUCCUGCCCCCAUCACUGCCCCCUCCUCCUCCACCACCUCUUCAGGGGACAAUGUUGAGUUUAGACGUGUGACCCGGAUGUGUUUCAUUGUCUUCCUGUGUUUCGUGGGCUGUUUUGUCCCGUUCCUGCUGCUGAACAUUGCUGAUAAGCAGAACCGUGCACCUCAGGUGCUGCACAUGUUCUGUGCCAACCUCACCUGGCUCAACAGCUGUAUUAACCCUGUGCUCUACGCUGUCAUGAACCGCCAGUUCGGACAGGCCUACCGGGCCCUUCUGGUCAGGGCCGCCACACCCUUCACACACCUCUGGACACGGUGACCUAUACAUGUUGGUUGUUUAGCAGAUGCAGUUAUUCAGAUUGACUUUAGUCAGUGUAUUCAAUUAAGGUACAUAAGACAACCACACAUUGGUAAUUAUCACUCACUUUUCUCAGCCCACACUGGUAUUGAUGGAGCUACUUCCUCCUGUAUAACUUCCUCUACUCCUUCCUGAAUAUUACUUUUAUUGUCAUCUAGCAAGGGAAAAAUAAGCUAUUCUGUGAUUUUUGGAAAGGGCUUAUUUAUUUUGGGCUAAGAUUAUGCUCGUUUGUUUUUCCAGUUACAAACACCAAUGUACACUUACUGUUAAGCCUUUGUUCACAUACAUGAAAUAGCUUUCAGAGCUUAAAGUUGACCUCUUUAAUGUGGCCAUAUAAUGUGGUCAAAACUCAUCAGGAAAUCUAUUUUAUUCCAGCAGGAAGCCAGAAGCCACCAACAGGGAGAUAGUUAUGCAAAGAACUAUAGCCUCCUUUACGUCUUGUGUUUAUUUAUUGUCUGUGCCAUUGUACUUUUGUCUGUUCAUUCACACUCCCCUACUGUACAUGUAUAUUUGGACAGUAAUGAUAAAUGUUUUAAUCUGGCUCUAUACUCCAGCAUUUUGGAUUUGAGAUCAAAUGUUUCAUAAAAAGUGACAGCACAGACUGUCACCUUUUUAUUUGAGGGUAUUUUCAUACAUAUCUGAUUUAACGUUAUAUCUAGUCCCCCCAUUUGAAGAUGUCAAGUAUUUGGACACAUUUCACUUAGUGUAUUUAAAUAGUCUACAGUUUAGUAUUUGGUCCCAUAUGAGAGGUGAUUGAUUCAUCAUUUUUCCUAAUCAUGGCAUCAGGAUUGAUUUAGAAAUUACUCCAUUCAGUUUCUAUUGGGGAAAACAGAACCAAAACAAACUGAAAAUGGAUCCAACGAGUUUGUAGUCACAAGCUUGAUGUAGUCAUUGUGUGCUAACAAUAUGGGACCAAAUACAACAUUGACAACUUUGGUACAUUAUAAAUGAUAUUUGAAAUACAUAUGAACUUGGACAAUGAAGCAAAUACAAAUCUAAGUCUCCUCAUUACUUCAUAGUACCUAUUAUUUGGUAACAUAGGAUAUUAUCCUUUUACACAUGGGACAUUUCAUUUACACAACAUGUGGAACUUCUGCCAACCCUAAAGCAGAACUUUUGAAAGAUUUCUCAACUCGCAUGUCCUAAAGUAAUGGUGCAACUCCUAAUGUCCUCCAUGACAUGAUUACGUUGACUUUCACCUCCUGAUAGUUGAGAAUAUUUGUAAUCAUAGCAGUCAUAUUGGUAUACGUGAUUGGAUUUGUCAUAUCCUUAGUCUAUUGCGGAAUUACAAUGUUGAGAUUCUUUUAAUAUAGAGCAACAUACUGUAUAUUACUCAGCUCAAAUAGUUUCUCCUUCCACAGCUUGUCUCAUCCUAGCCUACUUUUAUUGUAACUAUCUCAGUAGAUGUCACUGUGACAUAACUGAAGACUAGACGAAUCUCCUUGGUUUUGCUAUCAAACGCAUUGCCACAUUUCAGGGUUGAAGCAGAAGAUGUAUUUUAUUGGCAGGUUGGGUCACAGGUCAUUAAGUUUAUCUGAAUCCAUUUAUCAUUACUGCCAUUAUUCAAGCUACAGUGCGCCGUAAAAUAAACAAAGAAAUUAUCCCAUGUACUGGGAAUGUAAUCUGUAACGCACAUCUAUCCUUGCUGUAUUAAAUAGUACUGGACAAACAGAGCAAAGUUUCUAGCAUCAAACGUAUUAAGAAGGAAAGAAAUUCCACAAAUUAACUUUUAACAAGGCACACCUGUUAAUUGAAAUGCAUUCCACCUCAUGAAGCUGGUUGAGAGAAUGCCAAGAGUGUGCAAAGCUGUCAUCAAGGCAAAGGGUGGCUACUUUGAAGAAUCUGAAAUAUAAACAAAUCAAAAUAUAUUUCAACACUUUUUUGGUUACUACAUGAUUCCAUAUGUGUUAUUUCAUAGUUUGGAUGUCUUCACUAUUAUUCUACAACGUAGAAAAUAGUUUAAAAAAAUAAGAAAAACCCUUGAAUGAGUAGGUGUUCUAAAACAUUUAACCGGUAGUGUAUUCAUACCCAACCUCACACUAACCCAUACAAAUGAGCAGGUUUGGGUUGGAGCCUGUUGCUCCUGUAAAGCCACCAAACUAUUUUCUUCUCAUACAGUAUUAGAAGGUUAAAAGGACUGAGAAAUUGUAGCAAUACUUACAGCACUCCUGCUAACGACUCUUGUUCAUUGCAAUAAAUAAAUAAAUGAUGUGUACAAAUAUAUUAAAUGUUAUUUCGGAGAUAAUAUUGAAUCAUUAUAGACUGUUUUAGCGAUGUUGGCAAAAGAGCUUCCUUAUUGUUGAAUAAACAAACAGAAGAUGAAUAAAUUAUUUACAAAAUGA